ACUGUUGAGAAGUAAUGUUUGUUUUAGAAUUAAUUGCAAAUUUUAAAUGUAAAUCUCUGUUAUUAUAGAGCAAUACUUUUAAUACUUCACUGGUAAAAAUACAGAUUUUCAACAAAAUAUAUCUGAAUAAUAAGUACAAAGCAACGUGUUAAAAGUGAUUUCGAUACUGUCUUUUUUUAUAAAUCAAGUUGGAAAUACUAUUUUUAAUGUAGUGCAGUUUUGUUUUUAACAAUUUCCAUUAUGGGCUCUAUGGAAGUAAUAAUGCUAAAAUUUUCUAACGUAAAAUGAUUAUUGCCGUUAAACUGUACUUCAGAAGAGGUUUUUGUUACAAUGGCUUCUUUAAGCAAGAGAUCAUGGAGGCUUCAGGAUUUGCAAGCCCACAAUGCCAAUGUAAAUUGCGUGGCAUUGGGUCACAAGUCUGGAAGAGUUAUGGUUACCGGAGGAGAUGAUAAAAAAGUCAAUCUUUGGGCUAUAGGUAAACAGAGUUGUUUUAUGAGCCUUAGUGGUCACACAACUCCAAUUGAAUGUGUCCAAUUUAAUCAGUUAGAAGAGUUAGUUUGUGCUGGAUCACGAGCUGGUGCUAUCAAGGUUUGGGACUUAGAAGCUGCAAAAUUAGUGCGUACUCUCAAUGGCCAUAAACAUACAAUUAAAUGUGUAGAUUUUCAUCCCUAUGGUGACAUUUUGGGGUCUGGUAGUGGUGAUGCAUCUAUUAAAGUGUGGGACACAAGGAAAAAGGGUGUGAUAUUUACAUAUAAUGGCCAUCAAGGUACAGUGAAUAGCAUGAAAUUUAGCCCAGAUGGACAGUGGGUUGCAUCUGGAGGUGAGGAUGGUAUAGUGAAAAUAUGGGACUUACGUAUAGGUAGAGUGCUCAAAGAGUUCAAGGACCAUUUAAGAGCAGUAACUUGUCUUGAAUUUCAUCCGCAAGAAUUCUUAUUAGCAACGGGCAGUGUAGAUCGAUCUGUGCAUUUUUUUGACUUGGAACAUUUUAGUAUAGUGUCUAGUGAAAGUGACCUAGGACCAGUGCGAUCUUUGUGUUUUCAUCCGGACGGUGAAUCUAUAUUUGCUGGUGUCAGAGACUAUUUGAAAAUUAUAGGAUGGGAACCGAGUACGCUUCAUGAUUCCGUACCUGUUUCAUGGGGCAGAGUUUGUGAUAUUUCUAUUGCUCAAAAUCAAUUGAUUGGGGCGUCAUUCCAUUUAACCAACGUCCAAGUCUACGUGGUGGAUUUGAAAAAAUGUCGACCGAUGGACACCAUGAACAAUUCGACCCUUACGGACUCGACCUUGACGGAAAACUCGUUCGGCCACCACUCCACCCUCAGGAAGAGCUUCUCCAAGGCCGAGCGACCCAUCAGUCUGAAAUCGACCACGUUGGACGUGAAAACGAUCGAGGAAAACACGUCGGGCACCGAUCCGGAAGAGGACUCGGUGGCCGACAUCACCAACAUAACGGACUACCAGGAAAUAUUCAGGGGAAAAGGCCUUGCACGCACUCCUCCACCAGAACCAGAACCGUUUCAAGAGCCCGAGAGAGAUUUGUCAGAAUUUUCAGACAUCAGUGCCAUCUAUACGGACCCGUCCGAACCUCAAAUUCUGAGCCAUCUUCCGACUGAAAACUUCGAAGCGCUCUCUCUGGACGAAAGCGUGAACAACUACCGUAACUCUGCGCCACCUGUGAUGAGUCCUAAUCAGUAUUCUCGAUCGAAAUCGAAUUUAGAUCAGGUGUACAUAAGUCGACUAGCAAAACAGCAAGACCGCGAAAACAACGUUUCGAAUGCCAAAACGAAACCCGUCGCGAAGUUCGGCUAUCAAAGACAGAGCAGUGUUAAAGAAGGAUCGGAGAGAAUUAAAGACAAAUCCAACUUAAACGCUUCGAUUAAGCACAGUGUUUCUGAAGUAAACAUUACCAAAGGUGGAAAUGUCAAUUCCAGAAACCCGUCGCGUAAGAAUUCGUUUUCGAGACCUAACCGGAAAUUUAGCGAACCUAACGUUUCCGUUAUUAAGUCUAAUCUUAGGAUACCUGUAGACAAGCCCUCCGCACCUGUGGACAUCUACGUCAGUUCCAAAUUAUCGCCGGAUGAGUCGCCUGUUGAAGAAAACGAAUUUGUACCUGUUAGUAACGAUAGACCUGUAGGAAUCAAUUUUGACGACUUUUUACCUAAAAAUAACGACAUUCCUGGCUUGGGUCAAUAUUUCACCGAAAUGUCCGAAGCUGAAGGUCUCGGAGUGUUGAUGCGCGGCAAUCAACCGAUGAUCAGCAUUGUCAGCAACAGGAAAAGGAACGUGAAACUUAUGUUGGCCCAGUGCAGGAACAAAGGUAUUAAGGGCGCCCUAGAGACUGCAGUUACCAUGGAUGAUAUUAGUGCAUUAGUGGACGUUUUAAGUGUUAUUAGUGGAAAGUCAACUAAUUGGAAUUUGGACAUAUGUGUCAUUGUAUUACCUAAACUAGUGGAGCUGUUGCAGAGCAAAUAUGAACAAUACAUUACCCUGGGCUGCGAAACCAUCAAAAUAAUCCUGAAACAUUUCGGACCGGUCAUUCGCAACAAUAUCCAAUCCCCGGUGGGUUCCUUCGGCGUGGACAUCCCGCGCGAAGAGCGCUACCAAAAGUCGGUUAAGUGCCACGAGUUGCUCUGCCAACUGCGCAGCUGCAUCGCCAAGAAGCUGUCCCUUCCCGGAAGGGUGAGCGUGUGUCUCCGCGAGGUGGAAUCUCUAAUGGCCCUCUCCCUGGACUGAUGAAGGGCUUCGGGGGCGUUCUGGUCCAGGAAACGACGCGUCAAAGGGCCCCGAAGGCUUUUGGAGCGACUGCCCGAGCAGUAGAAUGGCGGAGAAGAAAUCGUCGUGCCGUAGACUAACACGUUCGAUAUGCGGUUAGGUCACUGAUAAAGUCCGCAUCGUAAUAUGGAACUUCAUUUUAUUUAUUGGCUUAGGUGAAAUUUGGCUUUGGUAGUAGUUUCUGCUUUUAUUUAUAUUAAAAAUGACAUCAGAAAAUUUCGCCUGUUGCUUGAUUAAAGUGUUACGUUUUUCGACUGUUCCAUGUGGAUAAAAAGUCUAAUUUAUUUAACACAAUUUAUUCCACUAAGUAACAAAACAAUAACGAUAAAACACUUAAAGAACUAUUUACAAACUUAUUUACAACUAUUUGUCUAAAAGGGAUCAAUUUAAAUUUAUUUUAAAAGGCGCGAGCACGAUUACCGGCUCUGAUUGUUUCUGUCCUCCUCACGCCUCAGGCGUCGCUUCUUAUACGAGAGAAACAGACAAUCUAGAAUUUACUAGACUAUUAGGUGCAUAGAGAGGGACGCUUUCGAUUGCUCUCCUGCAUUCGCCGCCAUUCCAAUGCCUUCCAUUUAUUCGAUCGGCUGAAUCAUUGCGGUGUCUCUUCUUUGAUGCGAUUCCAGAAGGUCAUAUGGGGGCGGGGUAUAUUAGAACGGGGCUGAUUUUGCCACAAAGUAAUAAAUGGCCAAAAAAUUGGUUUCAUGGACAAAUUUUGAAAAAUGUUUUUUAAAAAAGUUGUUUCUUUUUUAAUUUUACACGAAUAUGCGAAUUUUCAGCCAUCUAUACCAAGUUUUAAAGUGUUAUUUUUUUACUUUUAGUCCUAUUUUCAUGAAUGUUUAGCAAACUGUAUAUAAAUCUAUCAACUUUA